UACCCCUUAGGAGGCACCGAGCUCCGUCGUCUCGUUUCCGGCGGUCGCGCGCUCUUUUCUCGGGACGGUAGAGGCCGUGUAGCGUCGCCGUUACUCUGAGGAGAGAACAGUCGGUAGAGGCACCAGCUGAAUGCAGAAAGAAAUACGGAUAGUGGUUGCCAUCUGGAACAAGUGCUGUGUACACGAUCUCAUUUAGUCCUUAAAAUAACCAGCCCUGUGAAGUUGCCAUUGUUGCCCACUCCUUACAGGUGAAGAAACUUGAGGCUCAGAAGUUAGGUGACAUGGCUAGUCAGUUUGUUGGAUCUAAACUUUGAAAUCAAGAAACAUGAUUGCCCCUUUUUUUAGAGGAAAAAAUGCUGCACUGUGGGGUGCAAAAAUGCAGAGCAAUAAAACCUUUAACUUGGAGAAACAAAACCAUACUCCAAGGAAGCAUCAUCAGCAUCACCACCAGCAGCACCACCAGCAGCAACAGCAGCAGCCGCCACCGCCACCAAUACCUGCAAAUGGGCAACAGGCCAGCAGCCAGAAUGAAGGCUUGACUAUUGACCUGAAGAAUUUUAGGAAACCAGGAGAGAAGACCUUCACCCAACGUAGCCGGCUCUUUGUGGGCAAUCUUCCUCCUGACAUCACUGAGGAGGAGAUGAGGAAACUAUUUGAGAAAUAUGGGAAGGCCGGCGAAGUCUUCAUUCAUAAGGAUAAGGGCUUUGGCUUUAUCCGCUUGGAAACACGAACCCUAGCGGAGAUUGCCAAAGUAGAACUGGACAACAUGCCACUCCGUGGAAAGCAGCUGCGUGUGCGCUUUGCCUGCCAUAGUGCAUCCCUUACAGUCCGAAACCUUCCUCAGUAUGUUUCCAAUGAACUGCUGGAGGAAGCCUUUUCGGUGUUUGGCCAGGUGGAAAGGGCUGUGGUCAUUGUGGAUGAUCGAGGAAGGCCCUCAGGAAAAGGCAUUGUUGAAUUCUCAGGGAAGCCAGCUGCUCGGAAAGCUCUGGACAGGUGCAGUGAAGGCUCCUUCCUGCUAACCACAUUUCCUCGGCCUGUGACUGUGGAGCCCAUGGACCAGUUGGAUGAUGAAGAGGGACUUCCAGAGAAGCUGGUUAUAAAGAACCAGCAAUUUCACAAGGAGCGAGAGCAGCCACCCAGAUUUGCACAGCCUGGCUCCUUUGAGUAUGAGUAUGCCAUGCGCUGGAAGGCACUCAUUGAGAUGGAGAAGCAGCAGCAGGACCAAGUGGACCGCAACAUCAAGGAGGCUCGUGAGAAGCUAGAGAUGGAGAUGGAGGCUGCUCGCCAUGAGCACCAGGUGAUGCUGAUGAGACAGGACUUGAUGAGGCGUCAGGAAGAACUUCGGAGGAUGGAGGAGCUGCACAACCAAGAAGUGCAAAAACGAAAGCAGCUGGAGCUCAGGCAGGAGGAGGAGCGUAGGCGCCGUGAGGAAGAGAUGCGACGGCAACAGGAAGAAAUGAUGCGGCGACAGCAGGAAGGAUUCAAGGGAACAUUCCCUGAUGCGAGAGAACAGGAGAUACGGAUGGGCCAGAUGGCUAUGGGAGGUGCUAUGGGAAUAAACAACAGAGGCGCCAUGCCCCCUGCUCCAGUGCCAGCUGGUACCCCAGCUCCUCCAGGACCUGCCACUAUGAUGCCAGAUGGAACCUUGGGAUUGACCCCACCAACAACUGAACGCUUUGGCCAAGCUGCUACAAUGGAAGGAAUUGGGGCAAUUGGUGGAACCCCUCCUGCAUUCAACCGUGCAGCUCCUGGAGCUGAAUUUGCUCCAAACAAACGUCGCCGAUACUAAUAAAAAUUUCAAUGUCUAGUUUCUCAAAAACCCUUUAAAGAAGGACCCUUUUUGGACUAGCCAGAAUUCUGCCCUGGAAAAGUGUUACAGAUUCCUCCCAAUAGUUAGGUCUUCCUUGCCUGUACUACUCUGAGGGAGUUUGCUGGAGGCUGAGGGCAAGGGAGGGGCGAUAUUUAACAAAUCAGUUCAGUGUGGUAUGUCGUUUAACUAAUCGAUUCUGUGUGGUGCAUUCCUGAAGUCUCAUGUGAUUGUUGAGGGCCUGGGGUGGGGGGAACCAUGGCAAAAUGGAUCCAGUUAGAGCCCCCAUUAAUCUUGAUCAUUCCAUUCUUUGUCCAUCCUGUUCUGUUUGGUUUCACAUUAUACCCUUCAACCCCAGAGACACUGCCACAUACACCACAAAAACAAAUCCCCCAAUGACCUUAGCCCCAUUGUUCCAUUCAUUCACAGGUGGGAAUUCAGGCAAAUGUCCACAGAGGUCACAGACAACAUACAUACGGUUCUGUUAUAUCCCAUAUAUUACC